AUGUCAAAAAUAAACAAUGGUGUAUUCGAAGAUACACAAAAAUCUACGCCUAGCGCAUCUCAUUUGGAGAUAGAAAAACGCUCCUCCACGGAGAUUUUCGUGGACCCCACACUAGCAAAGCUGGACCUGGAAAAUGAUGAUGGCAAAGUAUCGCGCUUGCUGAACCAGAGUUUCAACUUGGACGCGGAAGUGAAGGCUCUCGACGAGUUGGGCGACUCAUACAGGAAGGAAGUUGGUUUCUGGGGCAAAUUGAAAAGACUGGAAUUUGAGGUGAAUUUUGAGAAAAAACAGCACAUGGUCUACAUGCUGGGCGCUUUUGCCGCUUUUGCCGGCAUACUUUCGGGAAUUGACCAGUCUAUCAUAUCUGGAGCAUCGAUCGGUAUGAAUGUGAUGCUGCGUCUUUCGAGUCACGAGGCGUCUUUGGUUUCAGCUUUGAUGCCUUUGGGUGCCGUUGCAGGCUCAAUACUUCUAACUCCCCUCAGUGAAUAUUUUGGACGUAAGAAAUCGCUGGUUAUCUCGUGUGUAUUUUAUACCAUUGGUGCUAUAAUCUGCGCUGCCGCAACGAAUCAUCAUGAGAUGUAUGCCGGUAGAUUUUUAAUUGGUGUUGGUGUAGGCUUAGAAGGUGGUGGUAUCGGUGUCUACAUUGCAGAGAGUGUGCCAUCUUCAGUGAGAGGCAGUUUGGUUUCUUUGUACCAGUUCAAUAUUGCACUUGGAGAACUGUUUGGCUACAUUGUGGGAGUCAUCUUUUUUGACGUCAAGGGGGGUUGGAGAUAUAUGGUUGGUUCUUCGCUUGUCUUUUCAACUAUUUUGUUCGUGGGACUUCUAUUUUUACCUGAAUCACCUCGUUGGUUAAUGCACAAGGGUCGUGUUGGUGAGUCAUGGAAUGUUUGGAAAAGACUAAGGGAUACAAGCAUUGCAAACAAUCAAGUGGAGUUUUUGGAAUUGAGACAAGUUGCCGAGCAGGACAGAGAGCUACAUGCCAAUGAAUCAAAGUUCCAAUCGCUAUUUGAUUUGGUCCGUAUUCCUCGUAAUCGUAGAGCAUUGGUUUAUUCCAGUGUAAUGAUUGGUCUAGGGCAACUGACAGGUAUUAACGCAAUUAUGUAUUACAUGUCCACAUUGAUGCAAAGGAUCGGUUUCUCGGACAAAAGGUCUGUGGCAAUGUCAAUGGUUGGUGGUGCUGCUCUAUUAAUCGGUACUAUUCCCGCUAUCUUGUGGAUGGAUAGAUUUGGCAGACGUACUUGGUCCAUGACUAUUAUAAUCUUCUCGUUAGGUUUGGUCUUGGUUGGUGUCGGAUAUCAAAUAAACCUGGUAACGAAUUUGCGUGCUGCAGAGGGUGUGUAUUUGACAGGUCAAAUCAUUUAUAACAUGGCAUUCGGCUCCUAUGCUGCCCUUACUUGGGUCUUGCCUUCUGAAUCAUUUUCGCUGGGUACUAGAUCUGCCGGUAUGACUGUAAGUUCCGCGCUUUUAUAUCUUUUCGCCUUUACUGUCACUUACAAUUUUGACAGAAUGCAGGCCGCAAUGACAUACACAGGUUUGACACUAGGUUUCUAUGGUGGUAUUGCCGUUGUGAUCGGUAUACCCUACCAGCUAUUAUGUAUGCCAGAAACCAAAAACAAGACGUUGGAAGAAAUUGACGAAAUUUUCGAGAAACCAACCAGGCAAAUCAUCAGAGAAAACCUUGCUUAUUUGAGAAAGGGUAAGCUAAGCUAUUAG